AUGAUCCUGCGUCCUUGGAGUCCAGAUGUUUGCUUAGAGAGGGUGGAUUUAUGUUCCGUCCCGGUAUGGGUUUCUCUUCCCAAUCUCACUUUUCAUUUCUGGUCUUCUGAAGCUCUUAGUUCUAUUGGGAGUGUCAUUGGGAAGCCUAUUAUUACGGACAAGAUGACAAGGUCCAUGGAGAGAUUGUCCUAUGCUCGUUUGUGUGUGGAGGUUUCUGCCAACGAAGAGCUGCCUCUGUCCGUUCCAGUUUAUGGUGAUGGUGGUUUUGUCUUCAAUCAACGAGUGGUUUAUGAUUGGAAGCCCCCUCUUUGUGUGCAUUGUAAGGUCUUUGGGCAUAUGAUUGAUGCAUGCAAGUCUGGCAGCCGUAAGCCUGAUAAAAAAUACUCGAGAACCAAGCAAGAAUGGCGGGUGAAGGGUGCUGCCGGGAAAGAAGCUGCAACUGUGGCCGGAAAUGAGGCUGACUUGCCGGCCGAGCAGACUGGAAUUGGUAAUUCAAAUUCAAAUUUGGAUUCCCAUAGUUCUCGCAAGAAUAAAGGAGGAGAUCUCAAUUCCUUGGGUCAAGGCGCCAACUUUGGCAAGAAGGUUUUGAAGAAAUCGAGUUAA